CUCUAUUGGAACUUAAGCGAUUCCAGUAAAACGGCACACAACUGCAAAACCCUAAUCUCAAUUUCUGUGGAUUUUGCUCUUUUGUGUUGUGAAAGUUUCGGAUAUUUGGAAUUUGAGUAGAAGAGAUGAACAGAGGAAGAAGGAAUCUGAAACAAGCGGCGUCAGAGCAGGAUUUCACGCUUGAGGAAUGUCAGAGCAUUGCCCAAGUCGUCUCUCUCAGAGGUUCCAAUCAAAUUGAGAUAAUGGAUGCAAAAGGAGAGAACUCAUUAGCUUUGUUUCCAGCUAAGUUUCGUGAGAGCAUGUGGAUCAGACGAGGAAGCUUUGUAGUGAUUGACCAUACAGGAAAGGAAAAGGCUCAAGAGUCUGGUAGUAAAGUUACAUCUAUUGUCUGUAAAGUUCUAUUCUUUGAGCAAGUCCGUCUCCUUCAAAAGUCCCCGGAAUGGCCGGAAAUCUUCAAAGAUACUAAACCGAUUCCAGCUGAUAAAAGCUCACCCAUUGAACAGCAUGAAGAUGACGGUGAAAUUGAUUCGAGUGAUGAUGAUGAUGGCAUGCCCCCAUUGGAAGCAAACACAAACAGAUUGAGACCGUUUGGUGUGCAAUGUGAUGCAGAAACAGAUUCAGGGUCAGAUUCCGAUUCAUAGAACAUCCAGUAUAUUUCUUUUCGCAAACCUCAACUCAUUUCUCAAUAGAGAGGAAUCUAUAGUUGCGAGCUAUGUCUUUUAGACAGAAUGUAACCAACUCAGUGCUGCUGAAAAAGCAGAGUUUUGCUUUGCAAUCAAUCAAUUAUUCAUCUA